UCACUGUUCACUGUUUGCAGGUCAAAAGUUCUUACUCUCACAGUUUAGUGAUUGCAAGCGAAAAAGCUCUUACUCUCACAGCUCAGUGUUUUCAGGCCAAAAGCUCCCUCUCACACAGCUCGGUUUUUGAAAGCAAAUAACUCUCCCACCCUGAGAGAACAAACAGCAACAUUGCAUUUCCAACACAUUUUCCGUUGCAGCGCAAGACCGUCUUUACCUGAUGAGACCCUGUGAGAGGCCUUGGGUCCGUCGCGGACGACCUGGGGCGGUCCUCCUCCUCCUCAGUGUGUUCUCCGUGUGUGUGAUGGUGGAGUGGUGCUGGGAGGCGAGGACGCCGCUUCUGGCUAGUGAAGGCUCUACGGCAGAUGAAGACCUUCUCCUAGCUGGGAAUCCUAACCUCUUGUUAGACUUCGAUCAUCAGCUGCUCUCGGACCUCGACCUGGACCAACUAUCACAUGUUAAUCCGCAUUUACUACCAGGUGUAGAUCCAGAUCUUCUGAUAGAAGACUACUCAGAUGUGGUUGGUGGCUUUAAAGACGAAUUCUUCGCCCGGGAGUUGAACGCCUUCAGGGCGGCUUCUGAAGGGUCUUACCCAGUGCCGUCUCAAAGGUGCUUAUCCUGGCUUAUUUUUAAUUUGCUGACUGUAUAG